UGGCUUUUUAGUCAAUACCAUACAGUUUGCAAAAAAAUCACAGCAUUGUGUUUCGAGACACAAAACUGUAUGAAACCUUUGGUCCGCGUAAUGAUUUUGCCCAAUAUCUUUCUAAUAUGCAUAUUCUUGAGCGUGACAUGGGUGGAGGCCAAACCGAAGGUGUAUAUUAAGUUUACGAAUGCGCACUGCGAGUCCUUCAAUAAAUCCUGGGUGGUGAUAAACGAGUGUCGUUUGCGUGCGAUAGAACGAGAUGUGACGGCGCUCAAUAUAAAUAUAUCAUUUUUGCAUCCAGCCGACGAUAUUAAGUUGAGCAUUGCUUACUUGAAGAAAGCCAACGGCUAUAAGCCUUUUGUGCUGAAUUCGACUCUAGAUGCUUGUGAAUAUAUCCACAAGAGGAAUAAUCCCAUUGCCAAUUUGUUGUACCCAUUUUUUGUACCAUUCAGUAAUAUAAAUCACACUUGUCCAUAUGUUGGUGAUCAAAUCGUAAAGAACUUUUAUCCGAAGAAUGAGAUAGUUAGACUGGUUUUACCGAUGGGAGAUUAUCUUGUGAUGAUGUCAUGGAUUCUAAGCAAAAGGAAGACUUUUGUUACCAAUGUAUAUUUCACUUUUAAUGGGUGAAAUUUCGAUCUGGACAUUGGACUAUAUAAUAUGUAACUUCUCCACACUUUUCUAUAAGUAGUUUGGGUAGCAACUUUGUAGACGUAGAGGACGUAAUUUAGAAUCACAAGGGUUUA